ACGCUCCAUUGUUCCAUCAGCCCGUUUGUUCGCUUGAUUUCCUAUGCACAAACAAAACUUUCCUACCACCCUGGGCAAUAUUGGGCUCCUCUGUGCGUUGACAACCUGAAAUACUGGAAUCUCUGACUUUUUCUGAGGGAAGAAAGAUAAAGUCAGUGUUUUUUGGCAGGAUGUACAGCUUCAUGGGAGGUGGGUUGUUCUGUGCCGGAGUCGGGAACAUACUCCUCAUUAUCUCCACGGCAACUGACUACUGGAUGCAGUACCGUCACUCCAGCAAUUACGUGCACCAGGGCCUGUGGCGGUACUGUGUGCCCGGGAAGUGCAUGACACACACAGACAGCAUCGCCUACUGGGAUGCCACCCGGGCCUUCAUGAUUCUUUCCCUGCUGGCUUGUUUCAUCGGCAUUGUGAUCGGCGUCAUGGCCUUCAUCCAUUACUCCUCCUUUGAUGGGUUUGACAAGACAUUUGCAGCCGGCAUCCUCUUCUUCAUCUCCUGCUUCUUUGUGUUGCUGGCCAUGGCUGUCUACACAGGAGUGACAGUGAACUACUAUGGUAAACGCUAUGGCAGCUGGCGAUUCUCCUGGUCCUAUAUAAUGGGCUGGGUAGCAGUGGUGCUCACAUUCUUCUCAGGUAUCUUCUACAUGUGUGCCUACCGGAUGCACGAAUGCCCAAGAAACUCUAACUCACGCUAACCCACCAAAGACUUCAACACACACCUACACACAUCAAGCAUGAUAUAUGGCCAAGAGGAACCAAUACCCCUAUGAACUUUCCAACCACUUCCUGUAAACCUAAAUAUUCAUGAAUAAGCAAAAUAAAUGAGAAUAAACAAA